AUGCAUGGCAGCACUCCAGUCAUGAAGGAGUUACAGGAACUGCAGAAUCUUUACAAGCAAAACAUUGAACAUACAGCAGAGCAGGCUGAGCUGAUAAAGCAGCUUCAGGCUCUCAAUAGUGAUACACAAAAAGUACUGGAAGACCAAGAAGAUACUCACACAGCUGAAACAUCCUCAUACCAAAAACUUUAUAAUGAAUUGACUUUGUGUUUUGAAACUCUCAAAACAAGUGAAAUUCAACUGCAGAAAACCUGUUCCUCUCUUCAGGAUCAGUUACUUGAAAAAGAUCGAAAGAUUUCUCAGUUAGAAGAGCAACUUCAGAAGGCUUAUGGUGCUCUAUAUGGUGUACAUCAUGUUUCUUCUCCAAAAUGUGAAGUACAGGAACCACCUGUGAAACGUUCAAGGUCUCUGUCCCCAAAGAGCUCUUUUAGAGAGUCAGAGGAGACUCGAGAAACUGAUGAGCUAAGAGCAGCCCAUGAAAAACGCAAAGAGAGGCUGCAGAUGUUACAGACCAACUACAGAGCACUAAAAGAGCAAUUAAAGCAGUGGGAAGAGUGUGAUAGCAGGAUUGAAAGUGGUAAAAGCACAUACCAGCAUACUGACCCCUGUCAGCUUUGUGAGGAUGGUUGUGAUGCUGGGUGGAAUGAACUGGCUUUUUUCAAAAGGGAGCACAAAAAGCUGUUGAUCGAAAAGCUGAAUCUUGAAGAAGAGUUGGAUCAGAUGAAAGUAUGUCAAUCUGUGGAGCCACCUUUUAAACUUAGUGAAGAUGAUGGGCUCAAGAACAGUACUCCAAAGAAGAAUAUGAAAGAGAUUUCCCAUCAGAGAUUACGGAAGGUACAACAACUAGAAAGAAGAUUCAAAGCUAUUGAAGGGGAAUUAAAGAAAGAGAAAGAAGUAAAUAAAGACUUACUGAAGGAGAAAAAUUAUUUGGAAGCAUCUUUAAAAGUGAAAAAGGAAGAUGCAGACACAAGAGAAAGAGAGCUGGAAAUGCUGCAUAAGAGGAUUUGUGAAAUAAAAAAAGACAAAGUGCAACUUCAGUUAGUGAUUGAUGAGCAGAGAAAAGAAGCUGCCUCUUUGAAGAGACAAGUGGUGGAAGCUAACUGGUUGAGAAACGAAAAUGAAGAUUUGCUGAGUCAAGUGCAGGAGCUGAAGUGUUUGUUGGAUGAAGCCAAAGCAGUGGCAACCUCUGGGCAAUGUAAUUGCAAGAUAACAGACACCAAGGUUAAAUUAAAAACAGCCAAGAAAAAGAGCUCCUUGGGACAUCAUGGAGCUUUUCUCAAACAGUCCAUCAAGGUUAUGAGUAAUGUAUGUGAGAACUUCAGUAAGGACGGCUGGGAGGAUGUGAGUGAAAGCAGUGACUCUGAAAUAUCAGCUUCUGAAAGUCUGGAAACCCUGAUUAUGAAGACAGGGCAAAACACUGAUCCGGUGCAAGACAGAAGUAAACAACGGAGAAAAAAGCAAAUACAAGAUAGUCAAAACCCCUGCAAUGUUGUUUGUUUAGAAGACAAAAAAACUCAGUACAAUAAGAAGGGCCAUUCACAGAAUAAAGACCUGGAUAAGUUACAUUCAAAGAGGAAGAAGAUCUGCUGUCUCAUAAAAUCUUACCCAUCUUUUCUAAGCCAAGUGAACAGAACAAAAAGGAAAAACACCAUUAUCCAGAAACCGGGCUGCUCUGUUACUCUACUGCAGGAAAGAAUUAAGUCAUUGCAGCAGCAGAUAACUGUUUUACAGAAUGAAAAGAAGACAGCAGUGUCUUCUUUGAAAGGAUUUAAAGAAAUCAAUGAAACACUAACAACUCAGCUACAUUUGGCUGAUCAGAGACUUCAGACUAGUAAACGGACCAUAGAG